AUGGAGCACAAGAGAGCGCUGGCGACAUACCAGGCAGAGACAGCGCGCCAACCCCCAGCGCGGCAGGCGGAGUGGCAGGCACCCGUCGUUGGCGACCUUUUCGACGACAUCGACGAGUAUGACGAAGAGGACAGAACGAAGCUCACGAAGUUCAAACACGACUUGGAGGCGUUCGGCAAGCUGCUCCAGAUGGCGGCGGCGCAGUACCGACAGUUCAACCAGUGCAAGCAGCAGGCUGACACCUUGCGCACGCAUGCCGAGAGGAAGCGCAAGGCGGCGGAAGGCAACGAGGCGCAGAUUCGCGAGCGGAAGGAAGUGGCUGAGAAUAUCAAAAAGCAGGCUGAGCAGAAUGCGCAGGCGGCCAAGGGUAGAGUUGCAGGCAAGGCUACGCCGCACAAUAACGCUGUCCUCGGCAGCGAGGGGGCGGCCGAUGCUGGUUAUGAGCGUGACGCAGGGGGGGAGAAAUAUAUGAUCACGAUGUGCGAGACGCAUUUAGACGGCACGAAGCUCGAGGAGGCACGGGGCAAGGUUGCACGAGACGGGCGGAAGAUGAUGGGCGCGGCAGCAGCGGCCACGAAGCGCUCGGAGAAAGGUACCACGGGCGGCGAUAUCAUACUGUCAAGGACGCGCUUGGCGCGCUUUGGGCAUGAUGUGCCGCGGAGAAGGAUUGUGGACAAUGGCGAGGUCGACCCGUUCAGGCGCAUCGCGGCGCUCAGUGCCCACGCGCGCUCGGGCAACGCAGCGUUGAUCGCGGCCUGCCUAGUGCCAGGCGAAGGUUUCACAGGGUUCAUCAAAUCGCUAACGGGCCCUUGGGUUGCCCCUGCGUGUUGGAACAUACUUGCGGACCGCAUGGAGGAGGUUGCGCUGUCAGGCAGGCUCGGUGGAGCGGCGAUUAGACCAGACGUAAAGAUCACCUGCGACAAGGGCAGAGACAGCCUCAUAGACAGGGGAACCGCGAGGGUGGACUUCGCGACCAGGCGGACGUUAGUGGCCGAUGGACGGGUACCAUGGCGAAACCACUGCGGCCUGAGCUUGGAGAUCAAGGGCACCGAACAGGAGCGGUGGCAUAGACAGCUCGAGACCCCGAAAGCGCUCCCAUACCACGCCAGACCACGGAAGGCGACGGACCCGAACACCAAGGCAAGCAGGAAAAAGCAGGCUCAGAACCUACAGGAGGCGCACGAGGAGGCCACCGCGGUGCCCGAGGAGGAGACGCAGGCCCAGGACGAGAGGGGCGACGCGAAUGCCUACAUUAUUGAGGACGGCAUAUGGGAGAAGGCAGGCACGACGAAUCACAACAUGGAGCCCGUGGAGGAGAUGCUCGCCACAGGCGACAGGAUGACCAUCGGGAGCGAGCAGCACAAGAAGCACGAGAACCUGCUCGCGGAGAGGCACAGCGACUGGGUCGCCGAGGUGGAGGAGGCCAUCUUGCAGGCCGAGAAUAUGACGAGCAGGAGGACGGACGCGCACGCGAUAUGGGCCAGCAAUAUUCUGGCGAUUGAGACGAUUAGAUGUCAGCCGCUGGUGCCGAAUGGCACAGACGACCAGCAACAGAGGAAGUGCAUCCACUGGAUUAGGAAGCAGUUGGAGGCGAUCAACGACAAGCCCCACAAGGGGGCGUUCGGCAAGCACGCGGCCGCCAACAACAUUGGACUGCACUUCGAGAUGGCGGGUGACAUCACAGAGUUGGACUUGGGUCAGUUCGGUCACCUGGUUGAGCAGACAGAGAUGCAGCCAGCCACGGCACCAUCCAGACCGACGGCAUCGGCCAGGAAAAGCUCUGCGACUUGGGCGAAGAAGGCGCGGCAGAGCAAGGCGGGCGCGCCGCGCGGACGCGCCGGGCCCAAAGUGGCGCCCAAGUUCGAGGCGGAUGCUGGACCAGACUUUGCCACGGCCGACCCGACGGUCACCAUGAACGCGAAAGCUAAGGUGCGGGAGAACAUAUGGACGGACCCCAUGGACGAGAGGAAGCAUUGCAUCCCGCAGUUAAAGACCACCAGGAGAAGGGCGGUGGCUGAGGAUCGGGAACCGAUCGACGUGGAGACGUCGAACAGGGCGCUUCGGGCCACCUCGGCGUCGAAGGCGAAGGGGCUGGGCCAGCUGGGCCCCGCCGACAUUGACGGGCCCCCCUUGCGCGGCAAGCAAGAGCCGAUGGAUCGCAUGGGGGGAAGCGAGAGACACUUUACAUAG